AUGCCCAGCAAACCCGUCAUCGUAAUCACGCCCGGGGCCUGGCACUCGCCCGAACACUUCCAAGACCUCCGCGACGAACUGCACCAAAGAGGCUGGGAAACUCGCGGGACGAGGCACCAAUCCGUUGGCUCUGAACCACCAAUUAAGGGCUUAUACGACGACGCGGCCGCCACCCGGACCGUUCUGGAAGAGCUCGCCGACCAGGGUAGGCAGAUUGUCUUGGUUGCUCACUCGUAUGGUGGUUUAGUGGCCGCCGAAGGCGUCAAUGGACUCGGGAUCAAGCAGAGAGCCAAGCAGGGCAAGGACGGUGGCGUCAUCAUAUUCGUGUACCUGGCUGCGUUUGUGGGGCUUCAAGGGCAAAGCAUUAUGAGCUUGACGGGCGAUGUGUUCCCCCCCUGGACGAAUGUUGAGAACGGCCGGAUUCACUUAACGGCCCCCGAUGACUCCCUCUACGGAGACGUGUCAGUUGAGGCAAAGGACAAGGCAAAAGGUUUUUUGAAGCACUCGACGACGCAAUCGGUUGAGGAGCCCAUGACGUACGAGCCUUGGCACGACAUUGCUUGCAUGUACGUCGGCUGUGAGGAUGAUAAGGCGAUUCCUUACUUUGCACAAGAGAAGAUGCAGGAGCUCCUGGGGCCCGCGGCGACCAAGUUGAAGUUGAAGUCCUCGCAUUCGCCGUACCUUUCUAUAGUGUCUGAGACGGCUGAUGUUGUUGAGCUUGCUGCAAAGCAGGGACUGGAGGCCGUGGCGGUUUAG